AUGGGCGUGGUAACACCAGGAAUCAGCGACCAUCUACGGUCUAGCUGGUUCCCUCUUCUAAUUCUAACUCUUCUUCUUAUUCCAAAAUGUUCUUCUCUUCCGCAUUUCUACCAAGUUAACAUGCGUCUGAACAGUAACGAUCCCCUCCUCGAACUGCGAUGUCCCCUCUAUCAAGCAGUAUCUGGCGAUGUUCUUAUCUUCUCCAACAUGCAAGACCAAGAACUCUUACGGGUUGUGCUACAAGAGAAUUCUCCACCUCCCGUUCUUGCUUUACCUAUCGACAGCCUCAGCAAAGAUGCUAGAGCGUUCGCCUAUGUUUGCAGAGUGUUUGAACCCAAAACCAAUAGCCUCGUUUCCAAAACUACCUUUGCAGUUCAAAAACAAGUCAAAUCCAACACUAAAGGUGUACCUGUCUAUGAGACUUUCCAUUAUGAACCCGAAGAAGUGAAGACCAUAAAGGCUACGAUUGAUAAACCUUUGAAGGUGGAAUGUCCGGUUAAAGGUGGAAAUCAUGUCUGGUUCAGAGCCGGUGGUGAAAUGAUUCUUAGUCCUGAAAACAAAGAGCGUAUGACCGUACUAAACAUCAUCUCGGUGCAGUCGAGUGAUCUAGGAACUUACUACUGUGCUUCACUGAAGUCUAGUAUUGAAGAUGAAGAGAAAGAAGACACUUCUGUCGGUCUCCUUCUCCCUGUUCAGAAGUUCGUUGUAAUGGCCCAAGAAAACUCUGUUUUAACCCGCUCGGCGGACGUAACCACAAAUCCAAACCAUAGUGCUGUGCAGAGUUGUGGCGACGUCGUGAAGGAACUGACUCCAUCUGAUAUGAUCACCUGGGAGCGACCACUUGGAACAGUGCAUCUAGUGCAUUCUGGAAGACGUCAGUUGAAUCUCAAGUCUGUAACCACUGCUGCUACACAUCCAUACCACUGUUCACUUGAAGGUCACACCAUUCAGCGUAUUUUAACACCAAGCCUCGCUCCAUUAGUCCGAUCUCGACGAAGCUUAAUGAGUAAGUGA